AUGUGUUUCGGCAGCAAGCCCAAGCCCUCAAAACACACGAGGUCUCUCGGUCCCCGGAAGCCCAAGGCCAGCGGGGGCUACAGCGGGGGUUACGGUGGUGCCGCUAGUGGUUUUAGUAGCGAGCAUAACGGUGGUCAUGAUAGUGGGGGUGGCGGCGGCGGCGGAUGCGGCGGAGGAGGUGGUAGUGGUGGUGGAGGAGGUGGUGGGUGCGGUGGAGGUGGAGGUGGGUGUUAA